CUCAAGUAGUCAGGUGUUCGACGGUGCGACGAUCGGACGCUAAAAAAUUUUGGCUCGCAUGGAAACGCAUUUUGACUCGUGGCCUAAAUUAGCGAGACUAUUUUGGAAAUCGAUGAUCAAGCAAUUUUCGAUUGACAAGUGUGUAACGAACGGUCGUCGUACCAACUAUACUUUAUCGUGACUAUCGAUAUAUUUUUCGAUAUAUACGUGUACAUAUAUAUUUCACUGUGGUUUCGUUAUGUACUCAGUAUUGCCGGCGUUACUCGCGGGAAAAGAUUAAACUUGUGGAGCAAAGAGAAAAGUGUUCAGUGCGAAGAAAUUCGAGAAAGUUGCGCACACCGCGAGAAACAUUUGACUAAGAAUAAGAAAGCAAGAAAUAAAAUAUAAUACGUAUUUUUGUGACGUUUGUUUCUUCGAGUAACAUAAUUCGUCGAUCGCGUUUUUGUCAUCGAGCUAGAACGCUGGGACGUUUUCGGGGAACGAUUAACAGGACGAUACGAAGUUCUCGUGAUUGUCGAAGGAAUUGAUCAACUAGGCAUUGGCGAGGAUAUUCCAUUGUUUACGUUUUACUUUCGAGAAUCGAAGAAUCGUCCCCGGCGAGACCACAUUCUUUGCAACCAGAACCAGGACCAGUUUCACAUAUAUCAACAUUUAAGUGAUCCAAGUGCAUGCAUCUAUAUACGGAUGUUCUACCGUUAUAAAGGGAUCUUCCAACUGGAUAUGCCUCUAUCUAGUAUUUGCAACAUGGCAGCCGCACGAAAAAGUAUAACUUCAGCACAAUAUUCUUGAUUGCUCCUUGGUAAUCAUACUCUUCCAGAUUGAAAAUCGUAGUUCAAAUCAAAAUCUCGCACAAUGGCGAUGGAAAAUGCGGUCAUGGUGCGGAAUGCCAAGAAAGGAUACGGUGCGGCGGUCACUAUUUUGAAUGGCUUGAACGUGAACGUUCCUAGAGGCUGCAUAUACAGUUUAUUGGGAGCUAGCGGCUGUGGAAAAACCACUUUGCUCUCGUGCGUGGUCGGCGUGCGAAAAUUGGAUAGUGGUGAUAUUUGGGUGCUCGGUGGCAAGCCGGGAACCAAAGAAUGCGGAAUUCCAGGACCUCGUAUCGGUUACAUGCCGCAGGACGUUUCGCUGAUCGGCGAAUUUUCCCUGUUUGACGCGCUUCAAUUCUUUGGGAGAAUCAGUGGCAUGGAGAAUUACGAAAUCGAGGAAAGGUAUAUUGAACUGAAGGACUUGCUUCAACUACCACCCAGAAAUCGUUUGGUGAAGAACAUGAGCGGUGGCCAACAGAGGAGAGUAUCGUUUGCAGCGGCUCUGCUUCAGAGGCCCGAACUGUUAAUACUCGAUGAACCCACUGUCGGUUUGGAUCCAGUUUUAAGGGACAAUAUCUGGAAUCACUUGGCGAAAAUCACGAAAGAAGAAGGAGUCACAGUUAUUAUUACUACGCAUUACAUCGAGGAAGCAAAGCAAUCUGAUCGGAUUGGAUUGCUAAGGAAUGGUCAGUUACUGGCUGAAUCAUCACCAAACGAGUUAUUAACUCGAUUUCAAACCGACUCUUUAGAGGAAGCUUUUUUAACUUUGAGCCAGCAACAACAAGAACAGAGUCGACAAGAAAAUAUUAAUUCGAUCUCUAGCCCCUCCGGAGGAAUCAAUCCUAUUUAUAAUUCGCAGUCUCGGAAGUAUCAAAGCAACUGGAAAAUAAGAUCUAUGGCGUUACUUUAUAAAAAUCUGCUUCAGUUUAUACGUCAUCCUGGGGGAUUCUUAUUUUCAAUUGUUUUACCGUUUCUACAAGUGUCGCUAUUCUUUAAUACGAUCGGUCUGGAGCCGAAAGAUCUGAAACUGUACAUAGUGAACGACGAGGCUGGUAAAUGUUACGGACAGAAAUAUUUGGGAAAUGUUACAUACUAUGAGGAAGAUCGGACGUGCAAGUUCAUCGAUCUCAGCUGUAGGUUCAUAGCUGGAAUAGACGAGAAUAUUUUGGAAAAGAAAUUCUACGAUAAUUACGAGCAGGCGAAGAACAGAUUAAACAACAAGCGCGAUGCCGUUGGAAUAAUGCAUUUCAAAAAGAACUUUUCACUUGGCAUGCAGGAGAAGAUAGAAAACAUGGUUAGGAUGUCUGACGAUCUGAUUUCAGCGGCUGCGAUCUACGUAACGCUACACACGCCAAACAGGGAGAUUGCUUUGUUCGCAACACAAAAAUUGUACAAAAUGUUCAACAACGACUUUGAAAAAAUUGUAGAAGAAUGCGGACUUCAUAAAAAAUAUGCGCAUUUACCAAUAAAGUUCGAAAAACCGAUUUACGGCAAGGAGGAUCAAAAUUACGGAGAAUAUGUCAUCCCAGUGUUCCUGCUAACAUUGCUAUUUUUCUUGCCAACGUCUGUUUCUUCAAGUACAAUUAUCACCGACCGCGAUUCUGGUAUAUGGAAUAGAAUCUUAGUUCAAGGUGUCACUACGGCAGAGAUCUUACUUACUCAUCUGAUAUCACAAUUUAUAAUAAUCGUGAUACAAGUGUCGGUGGCGUUGAUUCUUAGCUUUGGACACUACGAUAUGGAUUGUGAAGGGUCAAUGUUUGGGAUUAUUGUGAUAAGUACACUCUCAGCACUGUGCGGAAUGGUAUACGGAUUCUUCAUAUCAAUAUCGUGCUCUUCUCACGUUGUGGCCAAUUACGCGACAUUAGGAUCAUUUUAUCCAUUGGUUCUUCUUUGUGGAUUGAUAUGGCCAAUCGAGGGAAUGCCAAAGGCUCUUAAAUGGCUCAGUUUAACGUUGCCUAUGACAAUACCAGGUAACGCACUGAGAGAGAUCAUGCACAAGGGAACUGAUUUCGACGAUCCGAACGUGUACUCAGGAUUUCUAGUGAUCAGUGCGUGGAUUUUCGGACUUCUAUUUAUUUGUCUGUUUCAAUUAAAAAGAAAAGGUUAAAUUGAUAGGAAAAAGGAAAAGGUUAAAUCGAAUGAUGGAUUGAAGAGAAAAGUGAGGAAAAUAUCUUUUUUCACAAGCCUCAUAGGAUUGUCCUCUUUGAAAUUUAUUAAUUAUUGCGUCAGUUUGUAAAUGUAUCUAUGUAUAUAGUAGUAAGGAAGUAUAUUUUUUUACAAAUUGUAAAAUUUUAAUGUCGUGAAAAUGCAACGAAAAUAGUGCAACUCAAGAAAAAAGAAACAAAAAAAAAGAAUAUGAUUUUCGAGUUAUUGUUAUAAGUGGACUGCGGAUAUUUAUGUUUUUAUGUUUUUGUGAAUAUAAUUAAAAAGAUAAACUCCAGUAAAUAUCAGAACUUUCGAUGUUCUGUACAUACUUGCACUGUAUAUAACUAUCUGUGCAAAUUCAAAUUUUCCAUAAAUGCAUAAAAAUUCGCAGUUUACAUAACUAUGGGAAUAUUGGAGAACAGCUACACUAGAUCAAUUUAUUUGUUUUUUUAAUUUGGCUGGUUCAUCAUGAUUUGCGUGACAUGGUGCAGUAUCUUAUAAAUGUGUUUUACAAUAUAUAUUUUAUACCGAGUAUCAUUACAAACAUAAAGUGAAAAGUAUAUUAUUUUAUACUGCGUCGUUUCUGCAAAAUAAUUUCUAAUUUUAUCCAAAAACUGCUCAGUUCUCCCGGAAAACAUACGUUUCCGAGUUGUGUUGCAAGUGUACGAUAUGUUUAGCCAGUAAAAAAGCGAAAGUCCGUAUUAGAAAGAUCAUACGCGUAAAAAUAGUAAGCAUGAAAUUCCUAGUCUGAAAUUUUUAUACUUUGAGAAAAUAAAAAUACAACAUCAGUGUUAUACUAUGUAUAAACACAACACAAUGUUGCAUAGGUUGUUGUACAUAUGGUAAAUGUUCAAUUAUACUAUAUUAUCAGCAAUACGAAAGAUAGAUAUAUAUAUAUAUAAUGUGAAGAAGGAAGAAAGAAUUGCACUUAAAGCAAAACUGUUUUUUUAUUGAGUACUAAUUAUAGAAAUGAAAGGUAAGAAUUUUAUACUUUGUGAAACUAAAGAAAAAAAAAAGAAGAAAGAACAUGAUUUCAAUUCGUGUUACUAACUAGAAUACUAGAACAAUAU